GCGGUUAACUUCGGCAUGCGCGACUUGCUUCGAGAAAAACGGUAAUUCUUCGUGCCGUAUCUUUCGAUUAUUUUACUUACAACAAUCCCAACUACAAAUGUGCAAGAUUUCAGUUUUUCAUCUGUGCUGUGUACCAAUUUAUGAUCGAAAAAGUCCAAAAGCAUACGAUCUUAAUUAAUUGUGAAUUGUGGAAAAAAAAGUGCGAAGAAAUUGUAAUCUCAUCAUAUGCUAUCAAGCUCUAAAAUGCUUAUAUAAACCCAACUCUUUUGCAAUCUGCCUACUUAUUACUAAAGUUGAAUGGAAAACCAUACAUAAUCUAUUCAAGCGCUACGUGACAAUAUAUAAACAUGUUAAUUUUAAAAUAUGACAAAAUGCAGCGACAGCUGUGGCUUCUACUUUUACUAUACUUAACCCUACAAAGCCCAAGGAAUACGCGGGCCCUACUGAGCAGCUACCAGGCGCAGUCAAACUUUGAGUUAUUGGAAAAUGAUUCGCGUUACAUAUCAUAUCAAGAUUUAAUGUCAACAGCCAAACGAUUUUACGAUCCCGAAACGACUUGGUAUUCUGAAUUGUUAUACGAUGUGGCCAGGAAGCAGGUUAUUGUUGGUGCCAGAGACACCUUGUACCGCAUGUCUUUCGAGUUGGAGCCGCUGGAGCGGGCCAGCUGGGAGGCGACGUCUGGGAACGUGCUGCUGUGCCAGCAGAAAGGCCAGUCGGAUCGCUGGUGUCGCAACUAUGUGCGCGUGCUCCACAGCUACGGUGAGAACCAACUGUACGCGUGUGGGACGAACGCCUUCCAGCCGAGCUGCUCGUGGCGCCAGAUGGAAAAUCUGAACGUCACCCAGUUUGAAGAUGGCGUGGUCAAGUGCCCCUUUCAUCCGCAGGCGAACAGCACCAGCCUUCUGCAGUCCAAUGGCAACAUGUUUGUGGGCACAUCCGCGGACUUCUCCGGCAGCGAUGUGGCCAUAAUACGCACACCCGUCCAGUCCAAUGGGGUGCAACGCAAGCGUUUCCUGCGCACCAAGCAAUACAACACCAAUUGGUUAAAUGGGGCCCAGUUUGUGGGCAGCUUUGAGGCCGGCAACUUUGUGUACUUUCUGCUGCGCGAAUCCGCCGCGGAGCACAUGAGCUGCGGCAAGGCCAUCUACUCGCGCAUUGCCCGCGUCUGCAAGAACGAUGCUGGCGGGGAUCAGGUGCUGCGCGACAAUUGGACCUCGUUUCUUAAGGCGCGGCUCAACUGCUCGUUGCCCGGCGAUUAUCCCUAUUAUUUCGACGAGAUACAGGGCAUGACGUAUGCGGAGUCGGAGCACGUGCUCUACGCCACCUUCAGCACGUCAGGCUCGAGCAUCUUUGGUUCCGCCGUCUGCGCCUACAAUUUGAGCUCGAUUAAUGCGGCAUUCGAGGGCGCCUUCCGGCAUCAGGAGCACGCGGAUGCGGUAUGGAAAACGGUGAAUACGCCGCAACGGAGUCAGUUCCAGUGCGCGAGCGGAGCAACAGCCUUUGGCCACUUGCUGGAGAGUUCGCGCUACCAGCUCAUGGAUCAGGCGAUACAGCCGAUCGGGGCGCAGCCGCUGUACCAUUCCCGGCUGGAGCGGUUCAAGCAUAUUGCGCUGGACAUUGUGCAGACCCGGACGGAGCAGCUGCAUGUGCUGUAUGUCUCCAGCAGCGGCAACCACAUCAAGAAGCUGUCGGUCAAGUACGGCCAGCAGCAGGGCAAGACGCAGACGUGCCUGGUGGAGAUGUGGCAGGCGGACGAUACGGGCAGCAACACCUUCUUGCACAUGUCCUAUCUGAAGGUCACGGAAUCGAUCUACCUGGGCACAGAUCUGGCCCUGACACGCAUACCUGCCCAGCGCUGCAGUCGUCAUGUCUCGCAGUCCAGUUGCCUCAAUGCCAUGGAUCCCUACUGCGGCUGGAAUGAGCUCGUCGAGCGCUGCACGCCACUCGAUCCGGCGGGGCAGCAGCCCUGGCUCCAGCCAGCACAGUUCACCUGCCCGGUGCUGAAUGCGCCCAUCGAUGGCGGCUGGUCCAGCUGGUCGCCAUGGGCCGAGUGCCAGCAGCACGAGCAGCCGGACAGCAGCUGCUUGUGCCGGCAGCGCAACUGCAACAAUCCGCAGCCGCAGCACGGCGGCGUUGCCUGCGAGGGCAUCAGCACCCAGGUGACCAAUUGCACCCAGCACGGCGGCUGGACAGAGUGGUCGACGUGGUCGCCCUGCUCGCAGACGUGCGGCAUUGCCGUGAAGACGCGUCGCCGCACUUGCGGCAAUCCGCGACCCGCACACGGCGGACGCAUGUGCCUGGGACCCGAGCAUGCCGAGAUGUACUGCAGCCACCUGCCGCCGUGUCCCGUGGCCAAGCCGCCGCCCAUUGACGGCGCCUGGGGUCCCUGGGGCGAGUGGAGCGAGUGCAGCGCCCAAUGUGGCGGCGGCUUCCGAAUGCGCCGGCGCGAAUGCGACGAUCCCAAGCCCCUGAACGGCGGCAUGGACUGCCCCGGCUGCCGCCUGGAUUACGAGGACUGCAAUAUGCAAAGCUGCGCCGAGGUGCGCAAGCUCAGCGCCUGGACACCCUGGCUAACGGCAGCGGGUGGCAAUGCCACGGACGCGCAUGUGGAGAAACGCUAUCGCUAUGCCUGCCGAGCGACCAGCGCCGAUGCCAACUCGGUGCGAAUCAGCCUGGCCAAGGAGGAGACGCGCAAUUGCAACCAGGACGGCAGCUGUCAGCGGCACAACGAACAUGACACCUCGGCGGAGCCCGACUCCGAGUGGUCGCCCUGCAGCGCCAGCUGCGGCGGGGGCACACAGCUGCGUCGCCGCGGCCACAGCACACAGAGUCGCGCCUGCAAUCUGCAGGCUUGUCCGGCGGACGAGCAGCCGGACAAUAGCAUUGACAAUCAGUUGGAACACGAGUGGAGCUGCUGGUCGGAGUGGUCCAGCUGCUCGGUCACCUGCGGCCUGGGAGUGCGCCGGCGCACACGCAAGUGUCUGGGCGGCCACGAGAGACUCUGUGCGGGACGUGCGCUCGAGGAGCAGCAGUGCGCGAUGGUGCCAUGUGAAGACUUUCUCGGCUGGAGCGAGUGGAGCGAGUGGUCAUCCUGCUCCAGCGAUGGCAUACGCCUGCGUCAUCGCCGCUGUCUAGUGGAGCAGCCAGCGGCCGCGGAGUGCCGCGGUGCCGAAUUCGAGAAGACCGCCUGCGUGCCGGGCGAGUGUGAAGAGCUGCAAAGUGCCUCGAGCGCAACUCUGCCCAUUGUCAUUGGCUGCUUCAUGCUCCUAACUGCCGCCUGCUGCCUGGCCACAUUUCAUUUUACGCGGCGGCGUUGCCUGCAAAACGUCGAGGAGGCGCUCAACAAGACGACCACGACGACGGCCAGCUUCGACAGCUAUCCCAAUCAGUAUUCCAGUCUGCCCACCAAGGAUUACUACGAUCAGCGACCCAAGCGGCAGUCUAGCUUCCGCAUGCCCGCCAAGACAAGCAACUUAUCCGUCGGUGGCGGCGGCGGCGGUGGUGGCGGCACGCUGAACCGGAACAACAUGCACCACAACAACACGCCCAAGGUGCUGGCCAAAACCUACAACGAUUGCGAGACGGGCACGCUGAAGCGUCAGUCGGCGCUCAACAAUUGCCGCACAAACAUGGACGACGAGAAGUUUUAGCCAAGGAUCUGAACAGCCCUGAACAACCAAGUGCCAUUGUUGCCUUGUGCAAUCCGAAUGGAUUUGUUGAACCGACAACGACAACGAACACAUUUUGCACGGCCAGCCUGCAAAAACGUUCCUUCUCUGACUCAUAUUGAGUCCUUCUAUUAGCCUAGUUGUAGAUCUGUAUGUUUGCGUUAAGUUAGCUUUAAGAUCAAAUCGAUAGAUUUUGGGUAAAUAGUUUGAUCAAAUGAUGACAAUACUUGACUUAUAUGUGUACAAAUAUGAUUUUAUCAAAUUAUUUACCUUGCCCGCAAUUACAAUGUAAUUGGCUUUUAGUGCAUAUGAAAGCGAGACUGAAAUUUAAAUUUUUCUGCGGAAAUUUCGCCCAUCCCAAAUCAAUGUUGUCUAGCAUACGUGUUUAAUACGUAUAAUUUAUCAUCGUGUUAAGUUAGUUCUAUGUUG